CGCUUACCCUCUUUGUCCCUCUUCUUCGUCCGCCGCCACAAUCCAUCCGUUCACGCAUCUAAUUCCUUUUUCCCUACAUAAAUAUUUCUCUCGCCGCAACGCGGCCUCCUCUCUCACUCUCUCACCGUAACUCCGCCCAAUCUCGCCCGAGUCCACCGUGUUCUCGAAGUUUCAACCCUUCCAACGACCAUGGCGGUGGCCUCGGCGUGGACUACGAAACCUGGGGCCUGGGCCCUCGACGCCGAGGCGGACGACGCCGCCGCCGCAGCCGCCGACUCAGCCGCCGCCGCCGAUUUCCCCACCCUCGCCGCCGCCGCCGCCUCCAAGGCCCCGAAGANGGCCGGGGAGUCGCCGAGGUUGGCAGGGAUGGGGCGGCGGCGGCUGAGGCGGUUGGAGUUGAGGAAGAUGGCGUCGAGGGGGCGGUCGAAGAGGAGGUUGAGCUCGUGGAGGAGGGCGAGGCCGGCAAGGGCGCCGUCCCGGAAGCCAUCGAAGCAACAGGGAAGAGGGACGGAGGGGCAUUUUUGGCAUAAAAAAAGCCGAGCCCUCCCCCUUAGUUUCUUAGGCGAGCUAGAGAGGGAGGAGAGCCCGCGGCUCUGGCCGAAGAAGGGGCGCGGGGUUAGCAGCUGGAGUAGUCGAGCUCUGCCCGGGUUUAGGGAUGAUCUAGGCGGGGCAAAGCCGAGCAGGCUUUGGGAUCUGCUAGGGGUAGCGCCCAAACUCCUGAGGAGGGGCCCCAAAGCUGGUGCCGGCGGCGGCGGCGGCGGCGGCUCCAACAUCCUCCUCAUCGGCUUCGGAGCACACCUCCUCGCGAGCUCGAGGAGCCGCCUCGCGAGCGCCCCCGGCCACCCCUCCGCCUCCUCGAGCAGUCCCCACUCGGGGAACCUCCGGAGGAUCGGUGGCCGGGGUUUUGACGGCCCGAGGGAGAGGAGGGGUCCCGGUGGUGGGGGCUUUGAUGUGUUCAAUAGCGUUCCUGGGUCGGAUGCAGAGACCUGGGGGAAGAAGAAGGAGGAAGGUAAUGGGCCGGAUGCGGAGACCUGGGGGAAGAAGAGGGAGGAAGGUAAUAGCGGCAGCAGUGGGAGGCCGAGGCUGGUGUUGCAGCCACGAUCUCUGCCGUUAGCUAAUGGAAGUAACGGGAGCCGGAAGGGGUCGAACCCCUUUGGGGAGGCACGCCCGCGUGAGCAAGUUCUCGCGGAGAAGGGCCAGGAUUGGAAGGAGAUUGAUGAGAAGCUCGAGGCGAUGAAGGUAGGGGAGGGGCCGCAUGAAAGGGCUCCCUUUGGGAAGAAGGGCUUUGGAGCAGGGAACGGGAUUGUUACUUCGACAGAGGAUCGUACUGAGAGGGCUUGGAGGAAGGCAGAUACAGUCGAGGCUCCUCCUGCAAGUUCUGAGACUGUUGACGAGAGUGUACCUGAAAACUAAAUGUCUGCAGAUGUGAUCUUUGCUGGUUUUGCAAGGAUCAACACAUUCCAAUUGAGGUGUGUUCCAAGUCAGUUUUGUUCUAUCUUAUUUUCUAUGUUUUUAAGUAAUUAAAUUUGUGGAAUACCCUUGUUGUUCUAAGGCACUUUAUUGUGGUUGGUGUUUUAUCAAUACAUCUUGGUAGCAUGUUGUCUGUAGUGGAGCUGCAUGGAGAAUUUAGGUUUGUCCCAUGCUUACACUUCUUAUUUUUCCUUAGAUCAGUGGAGUAUAAUGUGAAAUAAGUUAUACUGAUAUUGUGAUUUCUGUUUUCGUUUGAACUUUUCUGAGAGCUUGUACUAUUAAUGUUUAUUGCUUGAGACAGAAUACUUCCAAAUUUUAUUUAAUUGCAUUUGUUGAUUGGUGUUGUA